AGCAAAUAUUACUUUUAAGAGACGAUUUUAUUUUUCAUUCCAAAUACGUCUCUGUACUUUAGAUGUAGCCGACAAAAAUUAUACGUUCAUGGAGCUUAGCUCAGACUUGAUUAUAACUUUGCUUCUUAAACUUAUUUACACAUUUCACUUCAUCUAUUAGUUAAAUCAUGUUUGUUUGAAAAAGUUACGUUGGAUCGUUAAUACGUGACGACAUUCAUGAACAAAAUGUGUUAAUUGGUAACCAGUAAGGUCGAAGCUGUAAGCGGUAAAUGACCGAUACUGACGCACUGAGUCUGGAGCUUGACACUUUUAUUUAGUUCUUUAACAAGUCCAGACAGAAGGAUUCUCAGUGUUAGACGUCAGACGCGAAAUUAAAAUGCAUACAUCGCGUCCCACGUAUUCCCAGCGAAACAUUGAAUAGUCACGUCCAUUUUACACCCACAUUGCUGGUUGUGGGCUACACCACGUAGCUGGUUUGUUGUACAACGAAGUCAUGAAUCUGAUGAUUAUAACUAUAUUCCUUCUGAUAAUGAGUGACAGUGAGUUGUUAGUGGCGGCAGAGUUUAAAGACAGGUGUAGUAAUGUGAAGACUUCUCUGAAUGGUUUGAGAAAGAGGCGACAUCUUACGUUUCCAGAAGGGUCCGCUGUUGUUUUGACGAUAUCCCUGGUCAAGGCUUUCAUGGUCCACGCGCCGUCUGGCUGGAACAUAUCCUUGGAAAUCGACGUCAUAUACCCAUUACCGAAGCCAGAGGAAAUAAACGCUUUGUAUAGGAGGAAGAUACACCAUAGACAGAAGAGGGAAUUUUGGCAGAAAUUAGAUUCGGCUUUGGAGAGUUACAACUUGAACGGUCGUUCCUGUAUUUAUCGAAGCAUAUGUGAGGCGCGAACACACUUGGCUCCACCGGGAAAGUCUCUGGUGCAUGACAUUUUGAGGAGUUUGUUCUCUGCCCCAGUUCACGAGGAAGGAUUUAAAGACGAACUUAAUGAAACUUAUCGGGAGUUAUUGGAACCAAAUGUCUGCGAAAGAAUUCACGAUUGUCCUAUUUCGCUGCUUCAAGUAAUUUUAGGUUUAAAUAAACAUCAUUGAUUGUUUUGUCUUUUAUUUUAGUUUAUAAUAUUGUAUGUUUGAAAAUUGUUUUAAGUUUUGUAACCAAAAAAUUGUCGCUGUUAAAGUAGGUUCUUUUGUACAAUCUGAUUGUUUAAAUGUUUGUGUGUAAAAUUCACCAAAAAAUAUAUUUGUUUUAAUUUAGUAGUUAUUUGUAUGUGCAUAAGACCAAAAAAAAAUUACUAACGUAAGUCAAUACUGUUUCGUAUAGAUUUAG